AAGCCAGCAUCAUGUCAUCGCCCAAAAUGGUCGCCCUUGUUCUUGCACUGCUAUAUAUCCUGCCCCACAUCGCCAAGGCACUUCUUCGCCUCCCCUCUUCUGCUUGGACGGAAGUAAUUUCGUUGAUUAACGCCCUAAUUCGAGUUCGACCUCAAGCACAUCAUCACCAAAUUUCCUAGUGCUGGCACGUCGCUUCACAAGAAUACCAAUGUCCAUCCUCACCGGCGCCUCUGUCAACGGCUGGAUCCUCUACCGCGCAGCGGCGCUGCGUGACUUCGGCUCCAAUACAGCGGGGUGUAAUCCGAAGGCGGUGAACCUCUACCUCGGUGAGCAGUGGAACCGUCUGCCGGAGAAGGACCGUCGCGUGUGGCGGCGCCGCGCUGCGAUCGUUCGAAGUAACCUCGCGGCGCGGGCGGCGUCGACCCGAGCGUUCAGACGUGCCGGCGCGAAGGCGAGCGGCGUCCCGAGGCGUACGAAAUCUGGACGCGAUGAUGUAGACUCGGAAAUGCAUCCUCCUGAUCAUGAAUCGCCAGCUUCCCUUGACUGAAGCCUGUGCGCUCGCUCACCCUCCCUUCUGUCACACCCCUAGACCAUCUCCCAGGCGCCUGCUAAAUACCGAUUGCUACUGAGGGGCUAUCUUAUCAUGCUUCGCCUUCUUUACUUCAUUACAUACUUACUAUGCGACCUUUCGUAAUUGAUGUCGCCCUUGUAUUUUACUGAACAUUUGACUUAACUAUGGACUGUAUCAACGUAUGUUUAUAAGUAUCUUACUAUGACUGGUCUUCUUACUUUCGGGUUCACCUGAGCCUUUUUACGCUAGCCAAGGGUUUUCGCCGUCCUCAGGUUGAAGUUGAUUCUCACAUGACUCUCACGUGCUCCCAAGUUGAACUUCAGUGCGAGUCUCG